AUGCUUAGUCUCACUCUCGCCGCCGCCGCUGCAGCUGUUGCUCUGCCUGGCUUUGCUACCGCGGCCAAGACUCCUGCUGGGGUCAUCGCUGUCCCGUUAUCUCGCGAUGAGGGCCUCACCGCGUAUUUCGCCAAGCUCCAGGUUGGCACGCCACCACAAACAGAGUAUCUCAAGAUCGAUACUGGCAGCCCACGAUACUCUUUCAUGGACCCUCGCAAUGAAGUCUGCCAAAAAAAGGAAAAGCCGUGCAGUACAUUCGGAACUUUCAAUAACAAGACAUCCUCAACAAGUCGCUAUCGAGGUCAUGGCUUUCAAGAUGCCUUGGGCUCCGUUGGAAUGGGCGACUAUCUGAGCGAUACUGUUUCCUUAGGCGGCGUAUCUGUCAAGGACUUGUACUUUGGCUACACUUCAGAAUACAGCUUCCCAGACAAAGUCAGAGGUGAUGCCUAUACGAUUCUUGGUUUGUCGUUGGAGUGUUCCUACGCAGGCCCCAAAUGCACUGACAGGGCUUCCGCUUACGCGAUGCCUGAGCUCAAGCGUGCCUCCAAGAUCAACUACUUGGCUUCAAGUAUUUACCUUGGACCCGACGACAAGGAGGCUGCCAAUGCCAAGAUGCUGCUCGGUGGCGCCUACGAUAAAGCAAAGAUUGACGGCGACCUCAUCACCGUGCCUAUGGUAGACCCAUUCCAUGUCAAGCUCAGUCUCGGCCAGACGAACUCUGUCAAUGUUACUUCCGUCGACGUCUUCGUCGGCAAAGACAACAACCACACGCGAGAGACUUACGGGGAUAAAGGCCUCGGCGUUCCCGUUCUGUUGGAUACAGGCGUCGCAAGCUGGUACUUGACCGACAAGACCAUGGCUCCUCUCUACCGUGCCUUUGGUUUGACCGAGGCACCUGGAUGGGGCCAGCAGUACUUUGCCGUUGACUGCAAGUAUGCCAACCCCAAGCGCUCUGACGGUUAUGUUGUCGUUGAGUUCGGGACUCAUGGAAAGAUCACGGUUCCCUUUCACGGCAUGGUAUCGAAAUUUCCUGACGGCACCUGUGGAGUCUUUGCUCAAUCCCGAGGCGACAGUGUAUCCAUCUUCGGUGAUCCUUUCUUGCGUAACGUGUACAGCAUCUUUGACCAAGAGAACUUUUCGAUUUCGAUGGGACGGGUGAAGCAUACAGAUGAAGAGAAUAUUGUGCCUCUUCCCAAAGGAGGGUUCAAGCCGACUGCGCGUUACUAA